AUGGUUCAACCAGAAGAGCAGUCGUUUAUGGGGGACGGGGCCAGCAGCGCAAUGGGGCGGUCCUCAGCUAGUUCUAGUGGAAUUCUUGGCCCCUUGAAAUCGUUCGUUUCACGCUUCUACCAAGUGGUGACCCAUUUCCGUACCAAGAAGAUGUCCAUUUUCACAGUGUAUGUUAGUUUGGUGGUAAUGAUGUUUCUUCCCAGCAUCUUUUAUAUGGAUACCAACAUUUCCUUGCUGCCGCAAAACCACAUUGAUGUUGACACAGAAACCACGUUGCGUAAACUGCAAAAAUACAACGCCGAUAACCUGGCAUAUCUGGUUUUUCCUUCCGAAACACGCAACAACGAGGUGUUGUUUGAUCCACGGCUGGUGGUUGCUUCGUGGUUGAACUCGCUCAAAUUUCAUCUCAAGGAAAACAAGGGUGUUUUGGACCCAAACUUUGAGCUACCGUUUUCGUGGUCGGAAUGGGUGGACCUCAACUCCAAGUUCAAGCUCAACCAUGAGUUCAUCAACCAUUGGAAGAGCGAACACCAGGACCACAAAAAGGAUAACUUCACAGAAAUGACUUGCGACCAAUUUCGAAUGCUUUUCGCCGACUACGAAAAAUUCGUCCAGGAGACCUGUGUCGACUUGACCGACGUUGAGAAAGAGGCUCUUCCCUCGUAUCCGUUCCGGUUCAAGAUCCACGACCGUACCGGGUUCCAGUUGGAAGAGCCGGGCCGUAUUUUGUACGGAGCAUCGUUUUUGCAAACCUCGGCUCCUCCUCCGGCAAGAGUCCAUUUUUUGGGCGCAGGACUCAACAAGUCGUCCGUCAUCAUCAACACGCAGCGGAACCCAGUCACCCACGAGCCUGUAAUUCUCGACCGUUCCAAAGAUAUUUAUUCCGUGAGCGAACACCUUCUGGAAAAUGAGGCCAGGUGGCGCUCCACCACCAAGGAAAAAGUCAUCAAGGACGGAAUACGGCUCGACCACAUGGUCAACGAGAUCCAGAACUUGUACAACUAUGACGCCUCCGUUCAGCCGUGCUACGCCGAGGACGAGCUCGUGUACGACAAGUCGUAUCUGUUGAAGCUUAGCGACCAGGUCAACGUGAUGACCAAGGUGGCCGUGACCGAGAAGGACUUCUAUUAUGACCAUGAGGAGAUCAUGAACACCAUGAAGCAGAAAAUCGAGCAAAUUGUUCGCCAGGACCCCAACGUUAACAAAGACACCCUAUUGGACCACCUGUUGUUGAAACAGAUUGAAAGAGAAAUGGACGUUUUCGAGUCCUCUGGCAAUGCCCACCCGGCCUACCUCCGUGAAGCUUACAUGGUGAACACUCUGCUUGGUGCACACUUUGACUGGAGAUUCUUCAACGGUCUCGACCACCCUGUCGAGUCGCACCAGGCCGUUAUCCACCGUAUCGGCCGGGCCUGGCUGCGGUUUUGCUACCAGUCCGGCUACCGUACCUUUGUGGCAUACGGCUCCAUGCUGGGAUGGAUCAGAAACGGACUGGCCCUGCCGUGGGACGAGGACAUCGACGUGAUUGUUUCUGUGGACUCGUUGUACAAGAUCGCCAGAAACCACAACCAGACGCUUGUUGUGGACGUUUCCCAGGAAGACAAGUACGCCUCCGGUAUUGGGUCGUUCUUCCUGGACAUUGGCUCGUCGUUCUAUUCUCGUGUGCGUGGAUCCGGAGCCAAUGCCAUCGACGGCAGAAUGAUCGACACCUCUUCCGGAGUGUACGUGGACAUCACUGCCAUUGCAUGGACCCCAGACUAUUUCGACGAGCACCCGAUCGACGAGGUGAUGCGCACAUUGGUCGACCCCGACUACCGCAAAAAAGUGGACAUCGUGGAGGACAAGGAAGCAUACGAGAAGCAGAUCGACGUGCAGGCCAACGAGCUCCAGAAUGAGCACAAGAUCUUCCACUGCCGUAACAACAACGUGUUCCAAUUAGACGACCUCAACCCAAUGGUGCCGACGUUUUUCGAAGGUGUGCGUACCCAUGUGCCACACAAAUUCAAGGAACUCUUGGAUAGAAAGUACCCAAGAGCCUUGGACAGAAACUAUGAACCAGAGUUCAAUCCGCAUCUCACAUAUAAAAAAAACCUUCGUCUCUGGGUGGAGGAUGCCCAAUGCCCAGGCGACGACAACGAAGGUGCUCUUUGUCAAGAUGAAGAUGUGUUGGAAGAAUAUAUCCGCACCAAGGAUUACACAGCAAGACACCUCCAGUUGCUCGAGACUGUCUAUGAUAACGCCCUCCGCAUUGAAGAUGAGACCGUUCCUAUGAAGUACGACGACUUCAUCAUUAAGUAUGCUGACUUGCUCAACGCCAGACUAGGGUAA